AUGAAUCAAAUAAUGAAUUUAGACUCCAUGGAAGAGAUAGAGGUUUUUGGGCCCCAGCGAACACAACCUGAUAAAUUAGAUAGGUGUUGGCCAUCUGGUGACCAUCGGUGUAAUUCAAAUCUUCCAUCUCAAAGUUUCUACCCAAAUUCACCUCAUUAUGCACCUAUGCAUACAAAUUACAGCAGUGAUUGGGAAAUUUUUGAAGCAGUAAAAAUUCAGGAACUGGAGGAAGUCAAAGCCAGAGCUGCCCAAAUGGAGAAGACCAUGCGCUGGUGGUCAGAUUGCACUGCUAAUUGGAGGGAGAAAUGGAGCAAAGUUAGAGGAGAAAGAAAUAAGGCACGAGAGGAAGCAAGACAAUUGAGAAUCAAAUUAGACAGUGUCAUAGAAGAGCUAAGUCUGCUUAAGAAAAUAAACCAGGAUUUAGUAAGUGAGAAGGAAAAUUUAGAAAAUGGAACUGCUUGGAAAACCGAAUGCUCCUAUAUUAAAAAAGACCAAAACCUGUUAAUGUUUCUGGAACCAGAACCUCCGAAAGACCUUAACAGAAUCAUCAAAAUUCCUGGGGCAGAAGACACAAAGAAGGGUGUAAACAAAGAUCAAAGCAAUGACAAUAAAAAUUUUACCCCAAAGCCUCCUGAUUUCUUCGCCAGUGGACUUCCCAGCAUCUAUUUGGAGGAAGCUAAAAUAAGUUUGGGCACUACAGCUAAGACAACAGAGAAUGAUUUAAUACAUGUAUCAGUCUUAAAUUUCCAUUUGGCUGAAAUGAGAAAAUUCUUACAGAAGGAAAGAGAAAUGAAUGUUUUUCUGGAGAAAGAAAUGGAAAAGAUGGAAAAUGAAUUAUUUCUUUGGAAAUGGAAAUAUGAAGAACUGAGACAAACCAAGCUGGAAACUCUGAAACAGCUGGAAAGAAUGCAGUGCAAGAAUGCUUCUGAAUGGGGAGAGAGAAAGCAACUAGGAGCAGAAAUACAAAGUUUGGAAGAAGAAACCAGAAAACUAAAAAUGCAGGUAAAAGAAAUUCAGGAACCUCUGGAGAUGAAAAAAAAUUAA